AUGGCGCAGAACCAGCCUGUAAGCGACACUUUGCGAUACCAAUCCUUCAUGCAUUCCCCUGAGAUCGCUGACGCCUCGAUGCAGGAAGAAGUCAACGCCGUACUCGUGUACACAACCGACGACCUCGGCUACGUAUGCGAUCCUCUCAAGAAUCGCGACCAACUGCGUGAACACCUCUACGAAUAUUGCCUAAGCACCGGUGACGAUAAGCGGUUUCGGCAAGGCGAACUCGCAGACGUCUUCAACACGCCUCAUUACAAGAGAGUCUGUUCAUUCUUUCCCCGCGAUCCUAUGGUGCUGGACUGGUACUACACCGUGUACACCCGCAAAUCGAGCAAGGGAUCCUUCAAUGCAGUGGCGGCUAUGGUCUGUGAAGCGCAAUCUCCGAUGGGCGAGGCGGUGAUCGUGAAGGAUUGUCCGGCAGACAAGUGGGAUGUUCUGAACACCGAGAUAGACGCGGAUGAGCUGGCCAAGACGUUAUGGUUUUACCACAAAAGCGGCACGUCUGCUGAGGCAGACUUUGCCGAAAGGACUCUCCUCCGCAUGUUGGUUUCAUAG